AUGAAGUCGCCGCUGGGGAAGCUGAAGAAAUUGGGGCUGAAUAAAGGCGCGGCGGACGAAGAUUGGGAUCACCAUGUCUCGGUGCGUAUGGAUGGGUUAAGUCAAGCAGCAAAGGAUAUGAAAGACAUGCGGACAUGCUAUGAUGGAUUGCUCUCUGCAGCUGCUGCAACAGCAAAUAGCGCUUAUGAGUUCUCGGAGUCACUGCUCGAGAUGGGUAAUUGUCUAUUGGAGAAAACUGCAGUGCAUGAUGAUGGAGAAACUGGGAGUACAUUGUCCUUGCUGGGAAGAGUGCAGCUUGAGCUUCAGAAACUUGUUGACAGCUAUAGGUCUCAAAUUAUCAUGACAAUUACUCACCCAUCAGAGUCUCUCUUGAGUGAGUUGCGGAAAGUGGAGGAAAUGAAAUUGCAAUGUGAUGAGAAAAGAGAGAUCUUUGAGCACAUGGUAGGACAGUUUAAAGAGAAAGGGAAGUCGAGACAUGGAAAGGGGGAGACUUUUACCUCAGAGCAACUACGGGCAGUUCGUGAAGACUACGACGAGGCGGCAAGGCUGUGUGUUUUCCGAGUAGCAUCAUUGAAGCAAGGGCAAGGCCGGAGUCUACUAACACAGGCAGCCCGUCACCAUGCGGCACAGUUGAAUUUUUUCCGGAAAGGGUUCCAAUCUCUUGAUGCCAUCGAGCCACAUAUUAGAGAUGCUGCAGAAAAGCAGCACAUAGACUACGAGCUAUCCGAAUCAAACGAUGGUGAAGAACGUGGUGAUGAGAACAGUUUCGAGGCUAACGAAGAUGGAGAUCUGAGUUUUGAAUAUGACCCGAGCAGAAAGGACUUGGAUAAUACUAGUGGAAUGAGGAACUCUAUGGAGUUAGACCUAUCGGCUGGUCCAAGUCAACAGAUGCCACAAGCCAAAUACACCGAGGUCCAAAUAAAUGUCGCCAGAAAUCAAGGGGAUCAAACAGUCAACCGACAACAUAGAGCUGGCAGUCAUUCUGCUCCAUUAUACGCUGAGAAAUUCGACCCAGCAGAAAGAAUAAGGGAAAUGCAGAAAUUUAGCAGCAGGCAUGUGCUGCCCACCCCAGUUGACGCCAAGGGUUCAAUAAUAAAUAGUUCAAGUACCACCACAGCUUCCGUUGGGCCCCCUUCCAGAAACCCGUGGCAUUCAUCCCCACUAGACAUUGAGAAGCAAAAGAAAUCCGCUGACGACUACAUACCUGUGCAAAACAGCAACAACAAGAAGAAGCAUUCUCUCCCCUUACCCCGUCCUCUGCCCGACGGGCCAGGCUCCACCCAGCAGCCCGACAUGCAGCCCGCAUUAUCCGAAGGUCAGAAGGUCAAAAGGCAGGCUUUCUCGGGCCCAAUAGUCAGCAAAGGUUCUUCUUCCAGUAAACCACUUGUACCUGCCGGUGAAGCGUCUUCCGGGUUGCACAGCAGGGCCCCGUCGUCACUGAAUGUGUCCCACAACGCCCCACCUCCGCUCGUGUCCUCUCCAAAAAUUAGCGAGCUUCACGAGCUCCCGAGGCCACCCGACUCGCUGGGCCCUGCCAGGGGUGCGUUCCGGGUGGGAUCCCCUCUCCCUCUCCCACAGUUGACUGUUUCCAGAAGCUUCUCCAUUCCCUCGAGCAGCCAGAGAGUGAGAGCUUUUCAUUCGGGAAAGCUGUUGGAGUCUUCUCAGCCCGCGAUAAGGGGGGAGGAAGCUGGUCCAUCUCCUCCAUUGACACCUAUGUCCCUGUCGAACCUCAAGUGA